AUGCGUUCUUUUGUCUUACUCGCCUGUUUGGUGUCCAUCUCCGCCGUCAGCGCCGCGCCACAAUUCGGUUACGGCUAUGGAGCUCAACCAGCCGCCAGCAGUUUCGUUCCCUCAUCACGCGGUGGUGACAAAUAUUUACCACCCGCCACUACAACACCGGCACCCAGUGUACAUAAGCAAUUCUAUCUGAUUUCCGCACCUGAAGACACGGAAAAUGCCGGCAAACCAAAACACUUGGUUAUUGGACGCCCACAAAAGAAUUACCGUGUAGUCUUCAUUAAGGCACCCAACUCUGAUAACUCCAACCUUAAAUUGUCAGCCGAAUUCGCGCCACAAGAGGAGAAGACUGUCAUUUAUGUGCUCAGCAAGAAGGAUAAUGAGCUUACAGCCAAUGACUUUGCCACACCAGCACCCACAGUGCCAAGCAAGCCUGAAGUCUUCUUCAUCAAGUACAAGACACCCGAGGAAGCUGAGGCGGCACAGAAGGAAAUUCAAGACCAAUACGAUCAAUUGGGCGGCACCAAGGAAUUCUCUGAUGAAGGCACCGCUCCAGUGGCUUCGGUUAUUGGUUCUUUGGACGGUAUUGCUCCCGAUGGUAGCUACCAGUACGGCGCCAUUGCCCCACCACCAGGCGAACUUGGCAGCGGCUCAUCACCAAUCAGCCAAUAUUUGCCUGCUGCGUCGCGUCUGUAAAGUUGAUUUGUUCGCAUUGCUUUGUUGUUAUUCCUUAAGGCAGUCAAGCAUAGCAAAUGACUGUUGCUCGACUAUAAGA